GUUGGUUCCACACAGAAAUCAAGAGCACAUAUUCAUCGCCAUGUCCUUCUGGAGGCUUGGGAGCAACCCUAAAACAUUGGAGGAUGUUAAUAUGGUGACAGAGCAGCUGAAGAGUCUUUAUUAUAAGAGGUUGCUGCCAAUAGAGAAACAUUACUCUUUCCAUCAUUUUCACUCACCGGGCUAUGAGGAUGCAGACUUUGACAACAAGCCAAUGGUGCUGGUGAUGGGUCAGUACUCAACGGGAAAGACAACUUUUAUCAGGUAUCUCAUUGAACAAGAUUUUCCUGGCAGCAGAGUUGGACCGGAACCAACCACUGACUGUUUUACUGCCCUCAUGUAUGGAGAGGAGGAAGGAAUCAUCCCUGGAAAUGCCCUUACAAUGGAUCCAAGAAAGCCCUUUCGCAACCUCAACCCUUUUGGAAAUACUUUUCUGAACAGGUUCCAGUGUGUUCAGAUGUCAAAUCAGGUCCUUGAAAGUAUCAGCAUUAUCGACACACCAGGGAUCUUAACUGCUGCCAAAAGAAAACUAAGCCGAGGCUACGACUUCCCAGCGGUGCUGCGCUGGUUGGCUGAGCGUGUGGAUCGAAUCAUCCUGCUGUUCGAUGCACAUAAACUGGACUUCUCUGAUGAGCUCAACCGAGCCUUCAGGGCUCUAUAUGGCUAUGAAGACAAAUUGCGUGUGGUUCUCAACAAGGCUGACAGAGUGGACUCCCAACAGCUCAUGAGAGUGUAUGGCGCCCUCAUGUGGUCAUUGGGGAAAGUGUUUCGAACCCCCGAGAUCCUGCGGGUUUACAUUGGAUCUUUCUGGUCAGAGCCAAGGCAGGUGUGUGACCACUACCAGCUGAUAGAGCUGGAAGAGGAGGAUCUUUUGGCUGACAUAAGGAACCUGCCAUGCAAUGCCGCAGUGCGCAAGCUGAACGACCUGGUGAAGAGGGCACGCUUAGUGAGGGCUCAUGCCCACAUCAUCAGCUAUCUGAAGCAGGAGAUGCCAACCAUUUUUUGCAAAGAAAGCAAGAAGCACAAUCUGAUCUACCAGCUUCCUGUGAUUUUCACCAAGAUCCAGCAACAGCAUCAAGUCCCAGCUGGAGACUUUCCUGACUGCACCAAGAUGCAGGAGAAACUUUUGGGUCAAGAUUUCUCAAAGUUCAAAAGACUGAAACCAAGUCUAAUGGCCUCCUUGGAUAAACUUCUGGCCACUGAAAUUGCAAACCUGGUGCCUUUACUUCAACAACAACAGCUGAAGAAGAAAUCCUUCCCUGGUGUCUUGGAUGGUGAAUUUUUAGGGACAUUUAGGUCUGAGCAUUAUAGGAGAGAUCCUUUCAAGGCACUCCCCGGAGAUGAUGAGAGCAGUGAAACAGAUUUUGAUGAGUGGGCAGUGGAAAAAUACAAGCCCAAAUAUGAUGAGAUAUUUUAUAACCUCAGUCCAAAUGAGGGUAAACUGAGUGGCACCAAAGUCAAAAAAUGGAUGACGUCCACCCUUCUUCCCAAUUCUGUGCUUGCUCAUGUCUGGAGGCUGGCUGAUGUAGACAGAGACGGCAUGUUAGACAACGAGGAGUUUGCUUUGGCAGUCCACUUGAUUGAGGGAAAACUACAGGGCCACUGGCUCCCCCGAGAGCUGCCCUCUCACCUGGUGCCACCAUCAAAACGGCAAAGCACAGCCAGCGAUGAAGAGUGAACACUGACAGGAAGCUGGGGCUCUGUGUUUUCACAAUUUGUACAUAGUUUCCUAAAUAUAAUCUGGUGGUAGCAUUUUUUUGGUUCAACACAAACUAACAAAGUUCUGUGUCUGUUUAGGAACCUGAGAAAAUGCUGAGUUGACAGCUGACACCAAAACCUAAAGUUUAUCAUGGAUGGUUUUGAUCAUUUCUUUUAUUUUAUUGUCAUUCUUGUUUCAUGUCACAUUAUCUGUAUUCAACCAACUGUCCAGGUUAAAUGAAAUACAACUAUUAUCAGCA